GACCGUAAGCUUUACUCCCACAAUGAGCCAUCUGUAACGUUACUCGAGUAGGGAGAAAGAAGAAGACACAAAAGGCGCGAUGGGAGACACCGUCGACGAGGAUUUGCUUCUUAAAAGCUUCUUCGCCGAAGUCAGCGAAGUUGAAAGAGAUAACGAAGUCCUUAGGAUUCUAUCGUGUUUCAAGCUGAAUCCAUUUGAGUACUUAAACUUACCAUUUGAUGCAACUCCAGAUGGUAUAAAAAAGCAGUAUCGUAAGUUAUCUUUGUUGGUUCAUCCUGACAAAUGCAAGCAUCCACAAGCAAAGGAAGCUUUUGCAGCAUUGGCAAAAGCACAGCAACUAUUGGGUGAUGAACAAGAAAGGGAUUAUAUUCUUACUCAAGUUAAUGCAGCAAAAGAAGAACUUAGGGCAAAGAGAAAGAAGCAGUUGAAGAAAGAUGCAGCCUCUAAAAUAAAGUCAUUAGUUGACGAGGGAAAAUAUGAGCAACUGUAUGAACAAUCAGAAGAGUUUAAGCAGGAGCUGAAAUUGAAGGUGCGAGAAAUAUUAACAGAACAAGAAUGGCGGAGGAGGAAAAUGCAGAUGAGGAUAUCAGAAGAGGAAGGUAGAUUGAAAAAGGAUGAAGAGGAACAAAAAGAAAUGUGGAAGAGAAAGCGUGAGCACGAGGAGCAGUGGGAAGGAACAAGAGAACAACGGGUUUCAAGCUGGAGAGACUUCAUGAAGACAGGAAAGAAGGGUAAGAAAGGAGAAAUUCGACCUCCAAAGCUCAAGACGGAGGAUCCCAAUAAAUCUUAUGUUCAAAGGCCUGUAAAGCGAGGCUAACAGGUAUGCCAUACUUUAAGUUUUCUCAGUAUUUGAAGGCUUUGGAUAUAUGGAGUAAUUAUAGAUGGAUUCAAAGCCUUGUCUGUAAAAGGACUUGUCACUGGUCAGAAAGAAGCCUUUCAGCUUGUCAUUUGCGUAGUAAAGCGAAGCUAAAUUCGGGGUUGGAAUUUUAUCCUUAAUUAGGUCAGAACAAUUGAACGAGAAUGGAUAAUGGGCUAUAGCAAGUACACUUCAUCAUUUUGGAAUUGGAUAGCAAACUCGUGCCCACGUUCUUUAUUCUAGAAAGGGUCAAACUUCUUCUUGUUUAUUUUCUAAUCUAUAUCAACAAAUUUCUAA